UUUCUUUCUUUCUUUUCUCAGAGCUCUCAGAUAACUGACUAGCCUACCAUUUAAGAUAUUGACAUUUAAGUGUUUGUGUUGCUCUUGUCUGGACUUCAGAGCAUACAUAACUCUUGGUGAAUAGCUUUCAUCACUUACCAGACAAUUGACACACCCAACAUGAUUUCACAGAAGAGGAAGGAGACAAAAUAGUGACGUUUUUUCUUUCUUUCUGUAGUCCUCAGAUUGCACUUGUGGUGAGUGUUGUAAUGCUUUUCUGUGUGGUGAAAGAGUAAUAUCUUCCUAUUUUAUUUCUCUGAAUACUGGUCAGACUGCAAACUUCAUCGACAAAGGGCCAGACAGAGCAUUGCCAAGGGCGUAGCAGCAAGAUACAAGGAGCCAUUUUCUGACGGGCCUCGAAGUCGAACAUGGCUGUGGAUAUGACUGCACUGUAACAGAGGAGGUGUUGCAGUCAAGUGUCUUUCAAAGGAUUUUGUAUUUCAUUUAUAUUCAGAAGAAGAGAAGGGAACAAUGAGUUUUGACCGAGUGCCAUCCAAGUCAGUGGUAAUGGACUGGAAUCCACACCAAUUGGCAGACUACAUGAAGAAGUUGAAUUUAAGUGGCUGCGAUAAAGUCAUUAUGAAAUGUAGCAUAAAUGGACAAAGGUUCUUGAACAUGACUGAAAAUGACCAUCAGAAAUUCCCCAAAAUCCAUGCGCCACUCAUCUCCAAAAUCUGCAGUGAAAUCAACAGGAAAGAAGAAAAAAGGAGAUUCUUUACUAAAAGAACUGCAGCACCAAAAUAUGAACCAGCUAUGCCACAAGAGGAUCAGCCCUGGGGACCGGAUGAAUUUGAUGAGGGGAGUGACGAAGACUAUGAGAAUCCAGAUGCUGAGGAAGAUGAUGGCAGUGGGGGAGAUUACGAGUCACCAACAGAGGAUGUUGGACUUGAGGACAGUGACGGCUAUGAGUCACCUCCGUCUGAGACACCUGAAGAAAUUCCCCAUCAGCUCCGUGCUGCCAAGCCCAUGGCUGACGAAGAAUACAUUGAUAAUAUACCGCACCGCAAUACAGCUAGAAGCCAUCCUCCUCCAACAACUCAACGCCCUGGGGCUGGUCCUCCAAUCCCCUCUGCCAGUCACCCUAGUCUACUGCAGCCUCCCCCACCCAGAAGAGAGCAAUCUCCCCAGCACCCUGGCAGAAUAACUGGCAAGUUGCCUGCUACGUCCUCAAAUGCUGCCCCCGCUCCACCAGUUGACCGCAGAAGAAAGCCCACCAAACUGGAUCGCACAAGACUUGCUGAAUCUCCAAUACCAGCAACGAAGUUAAACACAACUAACAUGCCUGCUCCACAUUCAUGGAGGCCUCAGGCAGAAGAGAGGGGUCCAGACCCUCCCAGAAUGCCCAAACCCCCCCUCCCUGUGUCAAGUAGUGUCAGCAGGAGCAGCUCGUCGGUCGGCAGAGCCCCGCUGAACAACAACAGAUAUGUGCCUGAUGCAAGAAAUGAGGUACAAGAUGAUGUGCCCAUGCCCAAACCAUACAACUCCAACACAUUUCCUAGACCAGGGCACCCUAGAGCAGUGCUCCCCGGACUAUCCUUACAUUCAGACGGCUUUCCUCCUAAUAUCGCUUCAACUGCAUCUCUACCUUCAAAACUGCAGGCACUGCAGGCAUCCAUCUCACCCAGGAGCAGUUCUAGGAUUGUGCCAGACAGACACAUUAUGCCCCCUCCGCCACCUAUGCAAGCUUCUAUCCCCCCACCGGCAGACCUAGAGGAUGAACAGGACCUGAACCCUCAGUGGUACGUUGGUCAGGUGACACGGGGUCAAGCGGAGGGCUGUCUCAGACAGGUCAACAUGGACGGUGCAUUUCUGGUACGGGACAGUUCGAAACGGUCGUCCAUUCAGCCCUAUACACUCAUGGUACUCUAUCAGGACAAAGUUUACAACAUUCAGAUCCGCUGUGAACAGAAUGACUUUCUGCUGGGGACUGGUCUGAAGGUCUCAGAGACCUAUCCGAUGGUGGCACACAUCAUCGCUCAUUACAGACAGUCACCUCUUCUGCUGAUUGAUGCUAAGAACCGUGGAUCAGGGCAGCAGAGCCAGUGUCCCCUGAUCUACCCAGCAGGUGGAGCACUAGCAAGUCUCUACCCAUCCUUUUAACAGACAGCAGAGCCAGUGUCCCCUGAUCUACCCAGCAGGUGGAGCACUAGCAAGUCUCUACCCAUCCUUUUAACAGACAGCAGAGCCAGUGUCCCCUGAUCUACCCAGCAGGUGGAGCACUAGCAAGUCUCUACCCGUCCUUUUAACAGACAGCAGAGCCACUGUCCCCUGAUCUACCCAGCAGGUGGAGCACUAGCAAGUCUCUACCCAUCCUUUUAACAGACAGCAGAGCCAGUGUCCCCUGAUCUACCCAGCAGGUGGAGCACUAGCACGUCUCUACCCAUCCUUUUAACAGACAGCAGAGCCAGUGUCCCCUGAUCUACCCAGCAGGUGGAGCACUAGCAAGUCUCUACCCAUCCUUUUAACAGACAGCAGAGCCAGUGUCCCCUGAUCUACCCAGCAGGUGGAGCACUAGCAAGUCUCUACCCGUCCUUUUAACAGACAGCAGAGCCAGUGUCCCCUGAUCUACCCAGCAGGUGGAGCACUAGCAAGUCUCUACCCGUCCUUUUAACAGACAGCAGAGCCAGUGUCCCCUGAUCUACCCAGCAGGUGGAGCACUAGCACGUCUCUACCCAUCCUUUUAACAGACAGCUGGGGGAGUGAUAACAAUAACAUGGAGCAAUUGUCAAGAUUCACAGUGGUUUUAAAGGACUGCCACUCACAUUAUGGGUGGAAGGACUUAUGCAACCUUUGAAUUGCAGUUCAUAGUCUUUUACAUGUAAGGUAAUUUCAUAUAAAGACAAGUGACUCUUGGAUUGAGAUGGUAGGUACGGUACAUCUCUGUCAACUGUUCACUGUAUGGACCUCAGAAAAAAGUCCAUAUUUUUUUUAUUUCAGUAUUGAAAGCACAGAAGCUGAACAUGUCCAUGUGAGUAGUUACGUAAAUGCUUGUGUUUGCUCUCUGUUAUUUCCCUGUUACAUGCAAUGGAAAGGUCUAGAAUAGCAGCUAGCUCUGCAAUAAAUCAGAAGCAGCAUACAUUAUCCAAGUAAGGAAAUAGUGUGGUCAACAGUCAGUCACAACUGCUGAGCUUUUAUAAUAUGGAUUUUGUUUCAAUUUCCUGCAUUGUAUAAUGGUUAAAUGAAAACUAUAUUCUUUAAUCUCUCACACUGUAUGUUCUAUAACAUAGCUAUUAUCAAUGUUUCAAAUAAACGUUUGCAUUUUUUUUAAAUUGGAAA